CUUGUUUUUUCACACUUUUUGUGUGUACGCUUUCAACGCGUGAUUAUUCAAACAAGCCUAAAUGCGCGGUCUGUUCAUUCUACGAGAGAAAAGUGGGGUUUUGUUUAGGAACAAUCCUGCAAAUAAUCCAAGAGGUGAAAUUCUUUCAGUAUGCUCUUCGAAAUCCGAUUCAACUGGUAACGGUAGAUCCACAAUAUCAAAUCAGAUAUCUGCUUAUCAUUUUUCUCCGGGCGGCUAUAAAUUAUACUUUGCAUUAAAUUCAGGUGAUUUAUACUGCUUGGACUUUGCGAAGAACUGGUAUCAAUUAAUAGCUUCGUUGAAUCGUGGUAUUACAUAUAUAUGUUUAUGCGAACCACGUGGAUAUGUCCUUCUGGGUUUGAAUGAUAACAGCAUCAGAAUCUUAGACGACGAGUCCGGAAAAGAGAUUAAUUCUUUGAGUGGUCACACGUACAGAAUCUCUUAUAUAUCAGUUCAACCAGUUUCUGGUCGUUAUGGAUUAUCUACUGCCCUAAGUGAAACAAUAUUAUGGGAUCUCGACACUAGCACAUGUCGUUGCAGGUUACAUAUUGGCCAAAAAGUGAACAUGGUAUCAGUAACUUUCAUUCCACCUCGUGGUGAGCAAAUUGUAUCCUGUUUUCAAGAUGGAUCCAUUUAUGUUUGGAGUACAGAUUCUCUUCAGUGUUUGUUAAGGCUUAGUAACAGUGAUUAUCCGAAUCAACUGUAUAGAACAAUUACAUUUACCAGCAAAGGUCAUUAUUUAUUUGCAGCUGGUCGUUCACCAUUUGUCUACUUAUGGGAUUUAAAAGGAUAUGUAAACUGUUUAAGUCAAGACAGUCCAGAUGUAGAUUAUUCCAAUUCAAAUAAUCGGUUUUUACGAGAGUUAAUUAAACUUCCUGAACCAAUUAAAUCAGUUCGUCGAAUUGAAUGGAUCCCUAAAUCUUGUUUGAUUGAUUUUAACCAAUUUUACCAUGAUUCUAUGAUAUGUGAUGAGUUAUCUGGUCUACUACUAUUACUUGGCACUGAUAAACGUUUACGUCUUUUGAUACGAACCUGCGAAAAUUCUAGAAAAUCAUUAGCUUGCACAGAAAAUUUGCCAAAGCAUCAACUGUCAAAGAACUCAACUCCUAUCUAUUGGAAAUGCUUGUUUACAUUUGGAUGUGGCUCAUUAGAAGACCCACUCUUAUCAUCAUUUAGUUUACCGGCUUACAGUAUUUUAGAUCUCUCUGAUUGCCAGGGAAAAGAACGGAAUAAAUCUUUCAAUUGUCAUUCACUAUUGGCUAUUCUUGAUGAUCAUGGCUUAUUACACAUAAAUGAUCUUUCAAUAGUAAUAAGCUUCCUCAAUAGUUCAUCAAUACCUGUAAUUAAAGUGAAAAAUGAGAUUUCAAAUGAGAAGUCUUCUCUCAAGCACACAGAAAACAAUACGAGAAACGACUUUCCAACUUUUAAAAUGUCUACAAGUUAUAAUAAACAUAUAUGUACAACAAAUCCAGGUCCAUUACACAAAAAAGAUCCUACCAAUGGUUUUUUGGAUCGCAAACGUUUACGUUUAUUACUUAGAGAAUUUGGGAAAUUUCCAAAUAAAUAUCGGUUAUUCAUUUGGCGUUCCGUUUUGCAAAUCCCAUGUAAUACCCAAGCUUUUAGCAUUCUACAGAAGAAAGGUAUUCAUCCAGCUUAUGAUUUAUUAUCUACGCGAUAUCCUAUGCGGAGUCAAAGAUUGUUGAAAGCCCUGCAAAAAACUUGUUCAGCAUUGGCUUAUUGGUGUCCAUUGUUUGGUGAAACAGAUUGGUUACCGUUGUUUGUUUUUCCUUUUCUAAAAUUACAUCAGAAUAAUCUGUUGCAUGCAUUUGAAGUUGCAGCUACAGUACUGAUCAAUUGGUGCGGUACUUGGUUCGAAUUUUUCCCAAACCCCCCAAUUAAUAUUCUUUGCAUGAUUGAAAAUAUUAUCGCUUACGCGGAUCCAGAAUUGUAUCGUCAUUUUGUGCAAUAUAACAUUACGACCGAGAUUUAUGCUUGGCCGCUUCUGCAAACUGGUCUAAGUGAAGUAUUUAAUGAAGAUGAAUGGUUUUGUCUCUGGGAUUCAUUAAUAUGUUAUUCACCUAGUCUAUUACUUGCUGCGGUUGCAAGCUAUUCUAUCUGCGCUCGAGGACCACUUCUUAUGGUUCAGAAUACUGAUACAUUUGAAGCAUACUACCAUAGUCAAAGUACUUUACCAAUAUCAAAUAUUAUUGAGCGUGCUCAUCAAUUACUUACUUCAAUACCUUCAGAUAUACAUCCAGAAAAAUUAUUGUAUUCGCUUAUACAAACGGAUACUCAAAAUAAAAACAAAGAAAAUACUUGCCUAUCUUUUCAACCACUGACAAGUCCAUACUAUCCAAUAAUCACUCGUUAUCCUAAAUUCAUUGUAAAUUAUCAUAUACAAGAACGUGAACGUAUACGAGAGGAAGAAAAAGAAUAUCUCAGGCAAAAGUGUGGCAAAUGAAAUUAUUACACUCGGGUUCAACGUCCUAUGCUAUGGUGGCCGUUUUUCUGGCAGAUUACUGUUUUCUUCUAACUUUCAGUUCAUUUCUGAGUAGUUUUCCUUGCUUUAAAGCUACGAUCGAAGAUAUGCAACGUCGAGCUCAAUUAAUGACGAAUGAAGAACACAAUUGGUAUCGCCAGCAGCAGUUACUUUUAGAUGCUGAGGACCAUCGAAGGACGUUAUUAGCUGAAGAAGAAAAUAAGCUACGUGAACAACGGAAAAGGUUAUGUGUCAUUUAGUCUAACUUUAAAUGUCAGCCUGUUUUAUUAAAUACAUCUGUCAGACCUUUUGUUUAUAUCCUUGCAGAUACUUAGUUGCUAUGCGUCUGUCUACCAAGACCCAACACUGGAGACGAUUUGCAGAAUGGGUUGGAAUGCCAGAUUUUAGACCGCAAAUUAUAAGAAGAGGCUUGUGGUAUUUUAGAAGAAUAAAUCUUCAACCAUACAAGCACUUGUGGAAACAGCGCACUGCAAAGACAAGGGGGAAGACUCUUUUCUUAUCUGGUUAUAUUUUUCUGACGGAGUUAAUGUGUGGGUUGCAUGCAUGAUAGCCCUUUUUGCCGCCUCCGGAAAUUGAUGUGGGAUAAAAGCACUAAGUCCAAAAGCUGAAGCAUCCGCAGCUAUGGUGAUUGGCAUGGGCGGAUCAUGGUGCGUUAAUUAUAAUUCCGAGCUAAUGAUCGUCUUCAGCUUUCAAAAAGUAGUUUCGUAUUCUUUCGUCCAGUUCCAAGUGGUAUUCUUAUUCAGAAGACAAUUCGGAGGGGCGCGGAUGUCAUGCACUGACGGAACAAAAAACGAGUAGUAACUAACUAGUCCCAAAGAUGAUCGUAGGGCAGAAACAUUAAUGGGAGUAGGCAUCAGCCAUAUAGCUCGAAUGUUUUCAGGAUCUGGUCUGCAGCCUGCUGCGUCAAAAAUGAAACCCAAGUACUUUACUGACUUUAAGAAAAUCUGGCACGUCCCUGGACGUAGUCAGAAAUCAUUAUCACUGAUUCGUUGUAGUAUAGCCAUUAUGCGUUCUAGUAGCUGUUCUGGCGACGUGGCAACAAUUAAGGUGUCGUCGAGAUAAGUUGCGACCCCCCGAGACACGCAAUAGGAUGGUAUUUAUCAGCUACUGGAUAAUAGAUAAUAGAUGGGGCGGUCUUAACUUCAAAUGGUAGACGAUUAUAUUGAAACAAACCACAAUAAGUUUUAAUGGUUACCAUUUCUCCUGAUUCUUCAUCCAGUUCCAUUUGUAAAUAGGCAUCAGCAGGGUCCAGCUUUGCAAAGAACUUCCCACCGUAGUGAACAAAUCUACGGGAAUCUGUAGUAGAUAAUGGUGUUGCUCUAGGGCUUCAUUAAAGCUUGCGGCGAAAUCUGCGCAUAUGCGUAUUGUGCCAUAAGCUUUCUUGACAACUACGAUAAGUGCUAUCCAAGCAGAAUAAGAAACGGACGUGAUAACUCCUUGUAGUUGGAGGCGAUUGAGUUUUUCAUCAACUUUUGAUAAUGCCACAUAUGGUACUGGUCUCCUCGGACGGGAAACGGGUUUAGUCCCAGGUUUCAACCGAAGGGUUGCUUUCAUAGCAGAGCAUCGACCCAACAACGGCUGGAAAAUGGUUGGAAACCCCACCAUUAACUUCGUCGUAUAUACUUCAAGUUCACGGAGUUGUCUUACCAGAUGGCUUAUAGUACUUAAUGGGACGUCAGUUAGCUUCAACUAGUCGGACCAAUCUAAACCAAGUAAAUUUAGGCCAGCUGGCGUUAUGUAACAUACCCCAGUAGACGUUGAUUCACGGGAAGACACUACAAUCUAGUUGUCCCAACAAACGUGGCCCCUGUGUUGUCGGUACCAUAUGCGGGCUGCUCAUUUUAAUCUGAAAUUUCCGUGAGAGAAUGGUAGUGUCUGACUCAGUAUCUAUUUGCAAUCUAAAUGGAUUCUCAUUGAUAUUAAGGGUAAUAAAUUUUCUCUCACCUGGGGUUGAGAUGUGACAGGACUCUAAUAGGUUCAACGAAUUUGUGCAGGAUCUGGAAACAGGCUUUUUAGUACUUUCAGACGGAUUUAGAUUCUUCUUUUAUUAAAAUUAGUCUUUGUGAUCAAUGGAUUUACAUUUCCUGAAACGAUAUUGUUUAAACGCACAGGUUCGUACAUAAUGCUAUGUACUAUAGAGUGCCAACAGGGAGCAGGAGGAUUAGUUUUCGUCCAUUGUAAUCAACUCGGACGAGAUGGAUUAGGAAAAACAGGGGCGAAUUUGUCUGUGUUGGAUAGUUUUUGGACUGUGUGAACUUCCCAACGAUCGGAAUCACCACACCGGACCACUGUAGUGUCGUGUUACAGAUUAAUUAAACAUUGAUAUUCGUUUGCAAUAUCCUUGAGAGUCGGUUUGGGAUCUUGGUCCAAUUGGCGAAGCAACCGUGUUUUAACGCUAAUGAACUUUUGUGAUUGGAAACUACAGAUGAGGAUGAGGGCUUUAAACUGGUCUUUAGUCAGUGACUUCAGCCAGAAGCGUCCGCACUGGCGCUUGACGAUGCCCACAUACCUAAGGAAAUCAGCGUCUUCGUUCAUGACCAGCUUUAAGCAUCGAUGAUGUGUGUUAAACAUUGAGGAGUUAUCUCCAAACUUAGCUCAACGGCUGGAUAGUGUCCGAGAAUGGACGGUUACAUGGGUUUAUAAGCAAAAUCAAAAUACGGUGCCUGUCUAGCUCACUUGGACGCAAGUUUUGAAGUAGCAAUCGAAUCUUCCAAACAUCAUCUUGGUUGGCAAAAUCAAAUUUAGCUAAGUUCUCAUAGUGCCAGAAGCACAUAUCAAAAGUAACAUUGGCUUCGGGAUCGUAAUGAAAUUCGGCAAUACUGACAGCGCAGUAGCAGAAUUAGAAGUGCCCGGUUGUGUGGUAGGCGUAAUUUUCGUUUCUGUUAACAUUCCGUCGCUGCUACAACAAUAACUCCACUUCUGAAUGAUCCAUUUUUGCACCGGCCUCGUCACCGAAUUGCUAUGUUUUAAGGUUACAAGAUCACCUAAAAUCGGCGAACAGAACGAAGGAUCAACGACACAACAGCAAAACAAGCUAAACUAUUCCGAAAUGUCCCAGUCCUGCUAACUAGAGGGAGGUGGGGUUCAGAUGAGAGAAAAGGUAUAUUACCACAUACAGCCAGAAGUGCGGACAACAACAAACAACCCAAGGGUGUAUAUUUAUAGCAUAAUAAUGUCCUUUGGAAAUCUCAUAAAGUAGCAUAUUAAAAGAGUCAACGAACCAAUGACAUUUAAGGUUUUUUCAAGUAGGAAAUACAAUCUAAAGGUAAAAAUUGGUGCUUUUGGCGCAAAAACGAAAAAUUAAGAUUUCCAAAACAAAACUACAUAAAUGAGAUGUUUAUCAAGUUAUUUCUGGGUGUCUAGCAUCCCCAAUAUUAGUUUUGAAUGAAGAAUUCAUUUGGAGCCUAAUUCUAAACGGAACAACCAAGUUCAGCAGUGCACUAAAUAAGCUCAAUAAACAUCAACAAUUGUCUAAAUUCUAUGUAUCAUCUACCGUGUUUUACUCGGCUACUAUGUGAAUAAUAAUUCUGCAACCGUUCUCUUUUGAUCUGACUGUAUUGAAUGGUUAUUUUUUUCAUCUGAACUAUCCUGUCACCAUUUAUAAAGGUCAGUAAAUGGUUAUCAUAUCUCCUAUAUUACACACAUUGACCCUAUGCUCUGUUGCUGGCAUAUUUAUGUCUGAGUCUCACUUGAUGCAGAAACCUUGCAACAAGAAAAUGUCUAUUAGUUAAGUAUGAUGAAAGUACCAAGAAUGUAUAUCAUGGGAAACCAAGUUAAGCACCUGUUGAAGCUUGAGAUAGGUCCUCGUCGAAGAUGUUUUAGGAUGAUCGCCAGUUUUCUACAAAAAGCACUUAUAAUUAUUAUCAGUCAGAAAAUGUUAGGGAUUGUCGCUGAAUCAUUUUUAGCGUUUUGUGGACUAUUUUUAUGUGGAAAAACUCAUCAGACCGGGCUGCGUACAUAAUAAGAAAUAAAACCAGUUUAAAUCCAUUAUGAUAAAAGGCUUUUGUUAUGAUCAAGAACAGCUCCUGCUAGUUGGACUUCUGUUUAAGAACUAAAUAACUUUUAUUACUAACCAAAUUUUCAGCAUUUAGUUGCUAUUUUCAUUACUUUACAGAUUAAGUGCAUUGAUUCGCGAAGUGAAAUUACAUGAAUUAAGCUUAGCUGAAGAAUCUCGUUGUCAUUUUAGACAACUCGAUAUUCGACGUCGCCAAUGUGAAUUAAACAAGUUAGAGCAAGAGUUAACUCGAUUGACUAAUUGCCGUAUCGAUGAAAUAGAUGCAGCUACUUACGCUGCAGAAUUAGCUGGCUUACGGGAAAAACUACACCAGAGGCGUGCAGAAACUUUAGCUAUCAUAAAUGAGCAGCUACAAUCACGUGACAGAAAUCAACCACCAAACAAAGAAUGUCUUUUUCUAACAAGCUCUCCAGAUACCAAUGAUUCAAUUACACAUGAUAGAUAUCUUGAGAGAAAUGUUAAUGAAGUUCAUUCACACAGUCCAGACUACGUGAAAACGUCAGUUGAUUCUGAUGUGGCAAAGUCAAACCUAAAACGUAACAGUUCGUAUAAUAAGUUCAACGCAAUAACAAUGUUUCCCUUUACUUCGACCAAACUCGGAACACAAACUGUCAAUUGAUCCCAGUAUGAAAUCUAUUCAUAUGCUACUCACUUUUGGAAAUUGUCAUGAAUGAUCAACAAACAUUUAUCUAUGUUUCAGUCAUUUCCAAACUUCGCUGUAGUCGAGACAGCAUUAAUAACUAAUAUUCUUGUUUCAAGUAUGUUAAUAUUUUCACACCAUAUUUACACAUCGAUAUGUUCAUCAAUAACUCAAAUUGUUCGACGUUUCUCUAACCUCUUAAAAAUGUAUAAAUAUAAAUAGCUUUUUAAUUGAACCAUCUUUAUGUUGACUUUGUUUUUUAGAUUAUUUAGGGUGGUGUUAUCGGCGUCUGUCAUGAGAUCCGAAAUUAAAUAUCAUCGCGUUUGCUAGUAAAUCUAACCACAUGCAAGUAAAAACAACUGAACUACUUCUUCCAUGUAACGACUCAUAUCCGUGGCAAUGAAUGACUAUCCAGCGACGAGUCUGAAAGUACAGGACUUAAUCAAAUUACGUGGCAGGAGGUUGGUUAAUUG